AUGGAGGCGUCAGAGGACUCUGAGCUCUGCUUCCCUCAGCUCCUCAACGCCUCCUGCGUGAGGCCGACGCGUCGUCACUACGAAACUUUAAUAACUUAUAUUGUGCUGUUUUCCAUCUCUCUGCUCACAGCGUUUCUAAACCUGCUCAUCAUCGUCUCCAUCGCACACUUUAGGCAGCUCCACACCUCCACCAACCUCCUCCUCCUCUCUCUGGCCGUCUCUGACUUCUUCGUCGGCCUCCUCUUCAUGUUUCAGAUGGUGCUGAUAGACGGAUGCUGGUUCCUGGGGGACCUCAUGUGUUCUCUGUAUCAGUAUCUGGACUACGUUAUUUCUUCCACCUCAGUGGGAAACAUGGUUCUCAUCUCCAUCGAUCGCUACUUGGCUGUGUGUCAUCCUCUACAUUACUCAAUGAAAGUCUCGCCACACAGAGUGAAGGUGUGUGUGUGUCUGUGUUGGAUCUGCUCUGUGAUCUUCCAGACUCUGGUUCUGAAGGACAACCUGCAUCAACCAGGCAGGUUCAACUCCUGCGUCGGCGAGUGCGUCAUCGUCGUUAACUACGUUGCUGGAGUUGCAGAUGUGAUCUUUUCCUUCGUCGCUCCCAUCACCGUCAUCAUCGUUCUCUACAUCAGAGUGUUUGUUGUCGCUGUGACUCAGGCUCGAGCUCUGAGGUCUCACAUGGCAGCUGUUUCUGUCCAGCAUUCAGUGAGAGUCACAGCUCUGAGGUCUGAGCUGAAGGCAGCCAGGACGCUGGGUGUGGUCAUAGCUGUGUUCCUGAUGUGUCUCUGUCCUUAUUACUGUGUGGCUCUGACGGGACAAGACAGCCUGAUCAACACCUCCUCUGCUGCCUUUGUGAUAUGUCUCUACUACUUCAAUGCCUGUUUGAACCCUGUGAUCUACUCGCUCUUCUACCCCUGGUUCAGAAAGUCCAUUAAACUCAUUGUUACCCUUAAAGUGCUGCAGCCUGACUCCUGUAAAGUCAACACGCUCUAG